AUGCGGACCCUGUCGUCCAGCUCGCUCUCCGACCUUCGCUCCCCAGUCGUUCAGCCCCCAGUGCCUGAAUCCGCCUCCAACCAUCUCCGCAGCGGCAAAUUCGUCAUCGACUUUUCUGUCAGCGAUGAGGUGCUCAAGGCCGGCGCUUAUCCCGUGAGCUGGUCAGAGAACAACUACAUGGUGUUUGGCCGUGGCAACCGUGUGCACUACAAAAAUUUUUCCGCCAAUGAGGAGAUCAGUCAGGUCUGCAAAGUCCCCGAAGGGCUGGGAAAUCUGCGAGCAGUGCAAUGUGGUGGGAAGGACCAGAGGAAUAAUGUUGCAAUCAUCACCAUGAAGGGGAUCAUUCAAAUAUGGGACCUGUCAACAAAGAAAAUGACGCUCAGCUGGCCGACGAAGAGGACCCCUACCGUCAUGCAUUGGAAUGGACCCAUUCUCUCGGUGGGAGGAGAGCGUGGAUCGAUCCGCCACUUCGACACUCGCAUUCAUGAAGCAAGAAAACCCGUGAACCCGGUACAUAAAGUGACGCGUCACCAGUUAAAGAUCUCUAGCCUCUUGUGGAAUCCCGACGGGGGCUUUUUCGCUAGUGGUGACGAAGGCGGGACCGUGCACGUCUGGGACUCAAGGCAGAAAGCCCCGUUGGAAGUGGGGGAGCUGGUCCAGCGGCGUAGGAAGAUGCAGCAUGUGGGCGCAGUCACGGCUCUCGCUUGGUGCCCGUGGCAGUCGAAGCUUCUGGCCAGCGGCGACUCAGCUCCUGAUGCCACGGGGACCAUCUGUGUCUGGAACAUCAACAACACGUCCUCAUCGCAGCCCAACUACCCGAUGAAGCUCGAGCUCGACGCCCAAGUUACGUCUUUGCAUUUUUCCGCCCACUGCAAGGAGCUGCUCAGCACGCACGGUCCGGGAAAGUCCACGCCCGCGCCGCCGCCGUCUGUCCAGCUCGACUCACACUCGUUCCCGAACGAGACUAUGCCAUCGCGCAUUGCCAACUCCGUCGUCGUCCACGCGAUCCCAUCGCUGCGGCAGGUCGUCAAGCUCGAGGCCGCCAAGGUCAAUAUCGCCGGCAGCGUGAUGAGCCCGAACGGCCAGCGGAUCGUGCUCGCCAUCCCGGAGGAGUCCAAGCUGAAGGUGUGGGACGUGUGGGGGAAGGUGAAGGAAUUGAAAAGAACCUCGAGCUCACUGACUCUCCAAAUCAGAUGA